AUGCUCGUGUGGGUGUGUUAUAACCAGGGCGCCCCGGUCCCCGUGGAGGUGGAGGACCAGGCCCAAGUCAGGGACCUGAAGCGGGAGGUGGGCCGGCGCCUGGGCAUCGAGUCGGAGCAGCUACGGGUCGUGUUUGCUGGAAGAGAGCUGCUCAACUGCGCCACACUCAGGAGCUGCGACCUCCCGGAGCAGAGUACGGUCCAUGUGGUUCUGCCCAGGACCCAUUCCAGAUCCUCAGAGCAGGACUCAGACCAGGGUUCAGAGCAGGACCAAGUGAGUCUGACGCGUGUGGACCUCGGCCCUCCUGAGGCCCCAGAGAGCAGAGAGCGAGCGGCGGACCAGAGGCUGCAGCCGCGGGGUGAGUUCAACACCGGGAUCAACACUGACAUUCCAUUUUAA